AUGAUGGUCCCAAGAGCCUUUCUGUUUACAUCAACCCAGCCUCAGAAAGCCAUGCAGCCCUAUGGGUCAAAGGAAGAACCGUCGCGGCCAGCUUUGCACCGCUCAGGCUUCUAUCCUCCAGGCAAUCAUGGAACCGGAUUGGUUGGUGCCGCACCGAUGGUCAUCCCCCCCAAACGUGACUCUCACGCCUCAGUCCGCCGUGAUCCGCGUUCUCGCCCCUCAGCGAAAACAUCCACAUCGUCUCGUCGCUCGUCGUCGUCUUCUUCGUCCAAUGAUCGGAACAUGCCCACCUCCGUCGCCUCAAUGCUUAAUGCGACGGCUAUCCCCGUGCCGCGGCGGACGUGGUCCACCCGAAGACCUCGGAAGGUUCCCCGAGGCAACCAUGUGGAGGAGUUUAGUCGGAUGCUGAAGGAAGACAUUAAGUCAGGGGAUGAUGACCUGAUGAACUGUGUUGUGAAUUCACCUCUCGACAUUUUACUCAGUCCACCCGACGAGGAAAACGACAAGGAAUCACCGGGCAACGAAUCCGAACGCGAAUCGCCUUUCUCUCUAGGGUCGGCAUCAAGCGACUCGAUCCCAGCACUUGACCAUGAUGGGGCAUCGCCAUCUAGCUCCAUACUUCCACCAACUCCGAAUUCCCACAAGAGUCUUUGUGACCGUCGCUGUCUGCGUUAUUCGCCUUCCGAGGAUUGUGCCUCCGACCACCCUCUUCUCGAAACUGAGAUUGAAGAGGAUGAAACUAUAGAAUUCGUGCCUCACGAUGAAACUAUGAUCCAUGAAGGACCCCGUUCUAAGGGUACCGCCUCCCUUGGCUCUUUCCCACGUCUACGGUCCUCAUUCAAAUCAAACCUUACUGCAUCGCUACGAGCUAUAAAAUCUGCAGCACAGUCCGUUUCGACAUUUGCUACACCCUCGGUUCAACCGGAAGAUUUUCUCACUCGGAACCUUUUCACAAUUACCCCCGAACUCACAGACGAUCGCCGACCGGCACCCAUGCGAGACCCACCGUCUCCGGCACUAAGGCGUUAUCUAAACCCGACCCCUAUCUCCCCAGCAGAGAUGUACGUCUAUCAUGAUCAUCCGCAUGAUAAACUUGAUUCGGUAAAUGCGUGCCCGGUUUCUAUUCAGAUGCAGACUUACCGCCGCUCCCGCGGUCGGGGUAACCGGCGCAAUAAUUUCCACGUGGUCGCCCCGAAGAAUCGUGAUCAAUACAUCACCUUCGACCCGGAAGUCCCUCCCAUGUCCCGCCAGCGUGAGCCUCGUGAGAACAGUGACUUCCUUCGCAUGGUCGUGCUCGAGAUGAACAUGCGCCGCCGGGGCAAGCUUCGUGAGGACAUCCCCACACGGGCCCGCAUCUGGCUUCCACCGCGGAAGAAUAAUCCGCAUCGUCUCACAGGAGAAUACGAAGAUGGUGAAGACAAUGUCACCGUCCCUUCUCGCUGGGUUGGCGUCUCAGCCUAA